UCUAUUCUGUUGUUGAAAGAUCCUUUCGUUGGAACAAAAUAAUCAGAAUCUUUCAUUAUUCAAGACCAUUACUCUCAAUCCAUUAAAUGUCUAGGAAUAUGUCUUCACGUAAAGACGAGAACCAUAGUAACAAUGCUUCGGAUUGCGUCAGAAAGACAGCGGUUCAAAGUAUUAGUCUUUAUGACAAUCGACCAGACCUCGGUGAGCCUGCAGCAAUGACCAUCUGUCCGGAUAUGCUUGCUGCAACUAGUAAGUUGCAACAGCAGGCAACUGAAGUUAGAACCCACAGGAUCAACUGGCAAUCCUAUCACCAAUCGCAGAUGAUAACAGCCGAGGACUUUGCUUUCAUUUCGGCGUUUGACAAUGCUGAUUCUGCCAAAAGGGAAGAACUUCUUGCUGAACAGAGAAUGCAGUGCGCCAAGACUUUUCUCAAUCUCUUGGAACACGUUUCCAAGGACCAGACUGUGCAAUAUGUUCUUGUACUUAUUGAUGAUAUGCUUCAAGAAGAUCGAUCCAGAGUGGAUAUUUUCCGCGACUAUUCGCUGAAGAAGAAAGAGCCAAUCUGUGGCAUGUUCAUCAAUCUGCUGAACUGCUCCGACCCCUUCAUAUCCAACAUGUCGGCCAGAAUUAUGGCGAAAAUCGCCUGUUGGGGCUCCCAUCGUAUGGAGGACAACGACCUCGUCUUCUACCUGGGUUGGUUGAAGGAGGAAUUGAAAAACCCUAACAACGAAUACAUGCAGUCUGUAGCUCGCUGUCUUCAAAUGAUGUUGCGCAUUGACGACUAUCGCAGCGCUUUCAUUUCAGUGGAUGGCAUCUCCACACUUCUCAGUGUCCUCUCGGGCAGACUCAAUUUCCAGGUUCAAUACCAACUCAUUUUCUGUCUUUGGGUGCUUACGUUCAAUCCAAAAUUGGCUGAGCGCAUGAACAAACUUUUCUUAUUAUAAAUUCUGUCUGACAUUCUCAGUGAUUCUGUCAAGGAAAAAGUAACACGUAUCAUCCUAGCAGUUUUCAGGAACCUUAUUGAGAAGCCAGAAGACCCUUCUAUGGCGAAAGAGCAUUGCAUCGCGAUGGUGCAGAGCAAGGUUCUGAAACAGUUGAGCAUAUUGGAGCAACGCAAGUUCGAUGAUGAAGAUAUUGUUGAAGACGUCGAAUUUCUCAAUGAAAAACUACAAGCAUCGGUACAGGAUCUGAGUUCAUUCGAUGAGUAUGCCACCGAGUUGAAGUCUGGCCGCUUGGAGUGGAGUCCCGUGCACCGCUCUGCCCCGUUCUGGCGAGAGAACGCCAGCCGUCUCAACGAGAAGAACUACGAACUGCUCAAAAUUCUCAUCCACCUUCUGGAAACUAGCAGUGACCCUCUCGUCCUUAGCGUUGCUUCCUUCGAUAUUGGCGAAUAUGUCAGACAUUAUCCCAGAGGAAAGCAUGUAAUAGAGCAGCUUGGAGGAAAGCAACUCGUGAUGCAGCUUCUCUCCCACGAUGAUCCCAAUGUACGUUAUGAAGCUCUUCUAGCUGUUCAGAAACUCAUGGUACAUAACUGGGAGUAUCUGGGACGACAGCUGGAGAAGGAGCAGAGCACUGCCACUACCAAAAGCGGCACUGUACUCAACACUAAAGCCUAAUAACUAUUAUGAGAAUCGGUUCAUGACCAGUGUUCAGUAAUAUUCUAUGUAUUUCAAGAAACAGUAUAUCUGUCCAAUGGAUAUGUACAUUAUAAUGUAAACAACAUUCCUUUGUAGUUAGUCUUAGAAGUAUGAUGCAGUAUAUCACGUCUAUGAGUUUCAUUAUUUGAAUUUGUGGAUAGUAUGAGAAAAGGGGUAGCUAAUAAAUUUUAAUUACUUUUAAUUUUAAUGCAGUGUUUCGUUCAAAAUGUAAGAGAAGGUUGUUUCAAAAACCUUGAUAAUAAUAAUAAAUCUUUCAUCACUCAUGUAAAACCAUCUAUAAAAUUAUGACAUACUGUGAGGAGAGGGGGUGUAUUGAGUUAUUUACCUUCUCAGGAUAUUAUAAGAAAUUUCAACAACUUGAAUCCCGGUAUAAAAAGAUGCAUAUAGAACUCAUUUUUCCAAAAUUGUGACAUUAUUUAGUGCAGCAAAUAUUUAUUGGAAAAUUUCUAAUUCGACUUCAUUUUAAUAAGUUUUCAAUUUCAUGUGAAAAAUUUUGACGCAAACUUUGGGAAAUAAAUAUGUAAAUACUCUAUAAUUAUAAUAAAUCAUUCAUUUGAAUUUGUGUGUUAUUGCAUGAAACAUGAAAUUUAAUGUAAAUAAGAAUUCAUCACAUUUCAAAAACUGAAAAUCACGAACAAUCUUGUACGAUAGUUAUAUCCUGGCGUGGAAAGUAGAUUUUGAAGUUUUCUUCUUGAAAAUCUUGCUAAUAUUGUAAUUUGUUGAAUAUUUUAGAUGUUUAUUCCAUUCUUGUUGAAUAAAUUAGACGGUUAUAUGAAUUUGAUUCCAA